UUAUCUUUGUGUCUUAUUAAGCUAAUACUGUCAAUAAAAGAUUUACGUAAACACAGUUGUGUUAUGACUAAAGUGAAAGCAAGCAAACAUUUGAGAGAAAAUUGGGUGCGAGUCAUGCGUGUAUAGUAGACGCGUCGCGUGCAGGUCUUUAAGUGACAGAGCAGCAUUAUAGUAAACAUGUUUAGGCUUAUCCUUAAAGCAAUAGUUCACCCAGAAAUGAUAAUUCUCUCAUAUUUUACUCACUCUAAAGUUGUUCCAAACAUGUAUUAAUUUCUUUCUUGUGCUGAACACAAAAUAAGAUAUUUUGAAUAAUGUGAUACAAAAAGUUGCUCAUCUCCAUUGACUUGCAUAGUAGGGAAAAAAUAUACUAUGGAAGUCAUUGGAGACUAAGAGAUAAUAACUCUCUGCUCUUGACUGGGAACUUUAAUAGUAGCUUUAAUACGAAUCAAUCUAUAAUAUAUACAGUAAAGUCUAUUUAGUGUUUUAUUUUUAUAUUAAAUUUUUUGAAUGCUACUGUGAAAUCUACUGUAGCUGAAUAAUAAUAAUAUAUAAAGUACUGUUUAUCUUAAUUUUUAAUAACAAAGAAAAUAAAAAAGAUUUUUUAUCUUUGCCAUUUUGGCCUAUAUGCAAUUAUUUUUCUUAAAUUAGAUCAUAUAAGGAAAUAUGAGAUAAAUUUUAAGUGUGUUUUAAUUGAAGGAAGGCAGCUUUGUUGACUAAUUUAUGUUUGUUUGCUUUUUAUGUGAAAUGGGGAAUGAAUGGAGCAGUACUGAGAAGACUUUCAGAACUCAUCUAAGAUAAGUCAUGAUGCCACGUGGAAAGGGUUUCCGUCGGUCUUUGGCGGCCAAGAGGAGGAAUGCUGAGCGUUAUACGCUCAGUUCCUUCUUGGACUUAGAAGAGGUUGUGCCUCCUCUCCAAAAAAAGGCAGUUUCUAACAGCUCUUUACAAGAGAGUGUUGACAUUGAAAACUCAAUGAAAUCUGACACAAAGAACUCUCAAAAUUGUCACAAGGCUUUCAAAAAUGUUUCAAACUCUGUUACAAGUGUUACCGCAAAUGUUCCAAAGUCUGCCACAAGUGUUGCCAAAAAUGUUCCCAAGUCUGUCACAAGUGUUGCCAAAAAUGUUCCAAAGUCUGCCACAAGUGUUCCAAUGUCUAACAAAAGCUGGAGUGAUGUUACCAGAGCUUCAGUUGUCAAUAACUCUGGUUAUUUCCCACAGAAAGUCAUACGUGGUUCUUUCCAUCAGGGUGAUGCGCGAUUUGGUUUGAACAGAAACCGUCAGUGUGCAGUGAACAGUAUCACAGCAGUCAUGACGAGUGUGCUUAAGGAUGUGCUGACAUGGACAACAGAGGACCUGAAUGCUGUUCUGUUGCAUGGAAAUGAGCUGUACACAUCAAUGAGACUGCAGGGGCAGAUCCACGAUCGAACAGGGCUGGGUCACAUUUCUGUUGCAGAAAUGCCAAGACUGCACACACUUCAUAACACAACAUUCUCAAUAAAGCAUGGAGAAUCUUUCUGUGGUGUUAUUGGUGUUGAUCUCUAUGAUGAAUCAUUGCGAGAUGUGUCUAUGUCUAUAGAAGAAGCACUUCAGAGGGCUCUGCUUCAGUGUGAUGCAUGUUUGUUAAACAUUAAAGAAUACAUUUGUGCAGUCAUAAAGGCAGGGCCAAUAUUUGCUCUAGUGGAUCCCCAUUCACGUAAUGGUAAAGGUUUACCUGAACCUAAUGGAAGAAGCAUAAUAGUUUACUGUGAUGACAUAUACAUGUUGUUUAGUCAUGUUGGUAACCUUGCCUUCUCACUGAAUGCCCAGGGAACACCUUUUGAAGUGACGUCUGUGAAAGCAACGGUAAUUGGUAAGACCACAACUAUGGAGGCAAGUUCUAAGUCUGGUCAAGAAAGCAGCGGCAAUGUUUCACAUGCAACCACAGAGAAGGAAAGUAAGUGCAUCGGACACCGUGGUAAACGCACACGUAAAGAUAAAGUAGCAAGUCUUACACAUGUUUCAUCUACGAGCUCGGAGCAGAGUAAGUAUAUCAAAGACCACGAUCAACACACACUUGUAAACAAACAAACGAGUGUUUGCAAAUUGGAUCAGACAUGCCUGGAUUCAAGUAAGAAAAACAGUCAAUUGAAAACUGAGCCAGAACUUGCAUAUGUGAGCAAGCUGCAUGAUAAUUUAUUCAUGGCUGAUGAUGUAAUCGGAGGGACAGUAGAUGCUGAGUUCAAUUUCCAGCCUUUAAUGUCUCCCGAUCAGGACGCUAAUUUAUCAAUGAAUGAUGACGUAAUUAUUGGAGAGACAGUAGGUACUGAGUUAAAUUUCCAACCUUUAAUGUCUGCUGAUCAGGACGCUAAUUCAUCAAUAAAUGAUGACGUAAUUAUUGGAGAGACAGUAGGUACUGAGUUCAGUCUCCAGCCUUUAAUGUCUGCCGAUCAGGAUGCUAAUUUAUCAAUGAAUGAUGACGUAAUUAUUGGAGAGACAGUAGGUACUGAGUUCAGUUUCCAGCCUUUAAUGUCUGCCGAUCAGGACGCUAAUUUAUCAAUGAAUGAUGACGUAAUUAUUGGAGAGACAGUAGGUAGGCCUGCUGAGCGCAUUUGCGAAGCUGUAACGUCUGCCGAGCAGGACGCUCAUUUAUCAAUAGAUGAUGACAUAAUUUUUAGAGAUACAGUAGGUACUGAGUUCAGUUUCCAACCUUUAAUACAGAAAAAAAUUGAGAACAUUAGAACGAAAUACUGUGAAGACAGUGAUUACAGGCAGAAAAAGAUUGAGAACAUCAGAACGAAAUACUGUGAAGACAGUGAUUACAGGCAGAAAAAGAUUGAGAACAUCAGAACGAAAUACUGUGAAGACAGUGUUUACAGGCAGAAAAAGAUUGAGAACAUUUACAGGCAGAAAAGACAGAACGAAAUACUGUGA